AUGAACGAUGAGGAGGGGUUUUCAACAGUGAUGUGGAACGACGAUAACAAGUCCAUGAUGGUCAAGGGCCAGCGAAUCCAAUUGGGGGAUGUUCCCACCCUCUACAAUGGGAUCUUGGGGCUCAUCAAGGAGAAGAUCCAAUGGCUCUCCCAGGGAGUUGAGCUCCAAAUGCCUUUCCAAGAAUGUUCUGGGAUCACCGAUGACCUCCACAAUAGAAUCCCCAACUAUAGCUUUCUCAGCGACCCGUGCAUCAUGAGUGUCAGACGGGAUCUGCUCAUUGCCCUUGGAAAGCCCAAAUGGUUCGUCACCAACCCCGAUGGUGGGAUCGAGUGGAAUCAGUUGAUGUUGUCCAAGUGGAUGGACAUGGCACAGGAGAUCAACACCCUGUUUCUAGUAGCCAUCCAUCUAGGUGGUGGGCAACCAGCAAGGGGAACUGAGAUUUCCAGCAUUCUGAUAAGGAACUGCCAAAAUGGCCACAGGAGCCUGUUUGCAUUGGAUGGUGGAUUGACCAGUAUUAUUGGUUAUAAUAAAGCGCUGCAAGCACAUCUUAUGUUUCCUACACAAGGGUCUAUCGGAACUGCUGCUAAAAUACCUGAUAUUCAUCAGGACAGUAGAAGAGGCGUUGCUGCAUUCCUUUGGGGGGAGGAGGAACAAAAUCACAUGCACUAUUAUCUCUUCUACUCGUUGAAGGGAGGUAUGGUCAGCACUUCUGAUCUGAGCAUGAGCCUCCAUGCGCAAACGACAUGUUACCUCAGAGCAGGUCUGGACGUGUCUGUCAUAUCCAUACAAUCCCGACCUCCGCUCCGGGCUCCCGGAACCCCGAAACGAACUCCAGAGCCCUACUUCCCUUCCAUCACCUUCUCCUUGCCGACUCCCAAGAGGUUAUCCCACCUCCGGCUCCAACACCACCUUUGGUCCGACUCCGGAACAUUCCGGGUCCGACCCCAACCUCGACACCUUCCAGACGAGUACGCAACACCUAUGCUCCCGACUCCGGACCUCCGCUCCGGAAUCCCGUUGGCGUCUCUGUCUCCGGAACCUCCGGUCUUAGCUCCGACCUCGGACUUUGACCCCACCUCCGCUUAUACCCAUUGUAUUGGUUAG